AUGGUGUCCAAUGCACCCCAGGCGACGGUCCCUAGGACGACCCCCCGCCAGUCCAAAUCAGCAUUCCAUUUCACCGCCGGCGCCGUCUCAGGCGUCUCCAGCGCCGUCCUCCUCCAACCCUUCGACCUCCUCAAAACCCGCCUCCAACAAUCCUCCCACGCCCACCAUUCCCUCCGCACUCUCCUCACCUCCAUCUUCACCCCGCCGCCGUCCGCCACCCACCCCCACCCCUCCCCCCUCCGCCAACUCUGGCGCGGCACCGCCCCUUCCGUCCUCCGCACUGGCGUCGGAAGCGCCCUCUACUUCGGCUCUCUAAACCUCCUCCGCCGCGAAUGCGCCCACCGCAACAUCGGCACAGUCGCCGCCCCCUCCUCCUCCUCCGCCCUCCCGAAGCUCACCCCGUCCACGAACCUCCUCACCGGCGCGAUCGCCCGCGCCGGCGCCGGCUUCGUGCUCUCCCCCUUGACCAUCCUGAAGGUGCGCUUUGAGUCGUCGCUGUAUGGGUAUACGUCGCUGGCGGGUGGGGUGAAGGAGAUCUUGGGGAGGGAUGGGGUGAGAGGGUUCUUUGCGGGCGCGGGGGCCACGGCGUUGCGGGAUGCCCCGUAUGCGGGAUUAUAUGUUGCGUUCUACGAGGCGUCGAAGGCGUCGAUGUCGCGGGUCCUCGUGAGGCCAUCCAUUGCGGUGAGACCGGAGACGGGGGACGCGAAGGUGUCGGGAGGGGUGGCGGCGGGGGUGAACUUCGGGAGCGGGCUGCUGGCGGCGGUGGCAGCGACGGGGCUGACGAAUCCGGUAGAUGUGCUGAAGACGCGGGUGCAGGUGGAUCCGGCGCGGUAUCAGAAUAUGGUGCGGUGCACGGGGAUAUUGUUGCGGGAGGAAGGGUGGAGAAGCUUUUUUGAUGGGCUGGGGUUGCGGAUGGCGAGGAAGGCGUUGAGUAGUGCGUUGGCGUGGACGUUGUAUGAGGAGUUGGUUAGGAGGGCGGAAUUACAUUUGGAAGACGGGUUGGCGUAG